UGGAUUAAUCCAAAGCUUGCGUUUCCAUAACAACGGCUGGGCGCAAAUUGUUGUAGCAAUAAAACGCUUUGGACUAAUCCAAUUGCUCAGGCCGGGGGGAAGGGAAGAGAGGGCAGCGAUUGCUGCAAAAAAACACAAUUCAGAUCCCGAUGGCUGCCGACAUGUAACGUUAUUUUAUCAGUGUACAUAUAAGGAAAGCUCUGACAGCGUGUAAUACUCUCUGGCUAACUUUUAAUAUAAAAUGGCCCAUGCCGUUUCCAUGGUGACCAGAGACGCUGGUGUGAUUAUAAUUAUUUACAGUGGCAGCUUCUGAGCCCGGGUGUUGGGUACAAAAUGGAUUCAAUUAAUCGUUUCAAUUCCCCAAUGGUUCUGUGUCUGGAAGACCUAACGGAGCCUCAUUUGGAACAGCAAAGAAGAAAGGAGACCACACAAAAAUUAGUGCAAGAAUCUUCAGCUUCAUUUCUUAUUGGCUCAAUGGAAACAGUGAGCCAGAAUGUUGCAAAUCUGGAGCAGGACUUCAAGUGUUUUGGUGCGGAUGAUUUUGUUAUUGAAUCUUUAGAGUUUUACACAUCAUUAUCCACUGCUGGUCAGUUUCAACCAGAGCAUGAAGCAAAGCCAGCUAGGACACAAGAGAAAAGUGCACAGACCAAAGAGCAUGACAAGACCGAGCUGCAGAGAUUCACUCAUAGACACCAGCUUUCUGCGACCAAUACAGUCUUAGCAACUGAGAGAAGUGCCACGAAACAAAUGAAGACAAAGCCAAAACUAGUGGAACUAUAUCAAUUCCCUGGGUUUUCAGAUCAUUGCCCAACACCACUUCCAUAUGAAACUGCUAUAAGUACCAUCAUUGGAAAUGUAGUUUCAGCCCAUAAGAGCACAGGUGGUAAGAUUUGCUCCCCAAGGGAAUUACGCCGAACUCUUAGCAAAGCUGUGACCCAGAAGAUUCUGCUUGACUGCUUUUGGUGGAUCUUUCUUAACAGAUAUAAACCAGAUGGAGAGUGCCAGAGGAAGAUGUUUGACCGUGUUGCAGAGAAUUACGUCCAGCUUCUUCGUUUGUGUCAAGACUCAUACCAUGGGGAUGCAUUCCUCAGUGUGUUCCCUUGUGUACUGAGUCAGGCCAUAUACUGCAGUUUCUGCUUCUCAUUUCCUCAGUCCUUGCACCAGUUUCAAUCAGACGACUUCAAGGCUCAGCUGUGCAGUCUGCUCUGGCAGUGGAUUGGAGGUAUAUGUCCUAUUCUUGGCAUCUAUAAUACUUGGAACUAUGUAGCACUGGAGCCACCUGAUGACAUGAUACAUGGUAAAGAAAUGCAAAAGAAAGCUUCAACAAAUAAAGGAGGAAAGAACCUGAAGGGGGAUGUUUUAAGACUGCACCCAUCCUGUAAUGGAUCAACAGCAAAAGAGCUAUGUCCAGCAAGCUGUAGACCACCUGUCACACACAUGCUUUUCAACCUGCAAGGACACAGCCCUCUGAUUCAGUACUACCUGCAGAAGCAAAAAGUUGAGCCACAAGCUGGUCUGAAUAUCCUAGUGCAGAGGACUGAGAUUCAAAAGCAGGAAUCAAUACCAUAUCCUUUUCAUUUUGUUUAUGUAUGGGCUACUGCCCUGUUUUCAUCCAACAAGUAUUCUUGAUG